AUGUUACCUCUCAAUGUCAACUUGAUCAAAAAAGAAAUAGUCUCACUAUUUAAACAAGAAGAUCAUUAUCAAGACUUUAUUCCUUGUGGUGUUUCGGUGGUCAGUUUAUUUGAUUCAGUAUUUCAACACAUUUCUGAGUCUAUUCAACACUCAGAAACAAAGGAUGAUCAACAACAACUACAACAACAAUUAGAUGCAUUGAUUGAACUUGCCAAUGAAAAGCUUCUCAUGUACCCAUACAAGGAUGUUCCGGCAUGUUGGCGUUGUCUAUUGAUGGAUGCAACUCUACUCAAAUCAUUCACUUUGAUCAGUUCUAUGGAAAAGGAAGAAACAAUGCAAGCAAAGAAACAUGUGGCUCGAGAACUCAUCAAGAUCUUGGAUGUGGCUCUCAUUGUCAGUGGAGGACCCGGCCCUCGUCGACGAGAAUUCUCAUUGAAACUUUUAGACGAUUUACAACAAUGGUUACGACCAAGGAAGACAAAUACACAAGGGCGACAUUUGGCGAUCAAUUCAUCAGCAACACUUCCAAUAAUCAAACAUGCCAUCACUGUUUUGAAGGAACCUCCUGACUACCUUUGGUUUGAACAGCAUAUCAAUCAGAAAUUAGCCACACCUCUUCACCUUCAAUGCGGUUUGAUGAAUCAUUGGCCAGCUUGUACUACACGACCUUGGACAGAUAUCGAUUAUAUUCUUCAACUAGCAGGUGAUCGUAUAGUGCCUAUUGAAAUUGGAAGCAAGUACACAGAUGUUUGUUGGCAACAGAAAAUGGUACGAAUGGAGGAUUUCAUCAACGAUUAUAUUAUACCUUCGAACUUGGACAAUCAACAAGAUGAAAAAAAGAAACCAAUAGCUUACCUAGCGCAACACAAUCUCUUUGAUCAUAUCCCAUUAUUAGAAAAUGAUAUCUCUAUCCCAGACUAUUGCUAUGCAGAGCCUCAAUCUAACGAAUGGUAUUUACAACGUCCACCUCCUGACGUUAUCAAACAUUGUUGGUUUGGUCCCAAAGGCACAGUAUCUCCUCUCCAUCAAGAUCCUUAUCAUAACCUUUUGGCUCAAGUGGUUGGCAGGAAAUACAUUCGACUUUAUUCUCCCAUUCAUUCAUCGGCUUUAUACCCAUAUGAAGGCAUCAUGUCCAAUACAAGUCAGGUGGAUAUUGAUGAUCCGGAUUUAGAAUCCUACCCACGAUUUGCUGAAGCGGAUUAUGUCGAAUGUAUAUUAAAACCAGGGGAAAUACUUUAUAUUCCUCCGAAAUGGUGGCAUUAUGUCCAAGCGCUUGAUACAAGCUUCAGUGUCAGUUUUUGGUUUUGAAUGGAAGAUAUCCAUCAAUGAUUCAUUCCUUUUUUUUUUUUUUUACUCCCUGUUAGAAUAGUG